AUGGAGUUCUCCAAUGACGGUAGUUCCAUCUUCCACCGGUUCCAGGCCGCCUUCGUCCACGACGGGCAGGGACAGCUGCUAUACUGCACCGGGCCGCAGAAAGGCUACGUGCAGCAGCAAUGGGACUCGUCCAUCAGCCACAAACUCCCCAGCCAAAAGUUUCAGACAUCAACAGGAGAAAGCACAACGGCACCAAGCAAACCCGUGUCCGCAAACCUCGAUGGGCCGUGCCAGGGCUGGAAACUCUAUGAGAUGCAGCGGAGCGCUUCCAGCACGACGGCGGGCUUCAUCAUCGAUGCCGCCACUACGUCUCAGCAAGACACAUCCAGCGCACAGUUUGAUGAUUUUUUUGUCCAACUGCUCUUAGACCAAGCCGACUUUGCCAUCCGCGACCAUGAGCGGAUGAAGUGUGGCACCUCUACAGCCUCCCCUACAGACGCCACAUCCGAGAUCGUCAAUCUUUUUGACAGCUUUCUCAGAUAUCAGGGCAAAGACGAUCAGUGGGAAGCGAGCGGCAAGGCUUAUUUCACGGAGCGUGUUCGGCAUUUCAUCUCGCAGCAGGCCAGAAUCGAGCUCUGUCUUCCUGCAUUCCCGUGUAAAUCGUCAAAUACCAACAAGGUCCUCGGCAAAGCCCCUGACCGCGGAGAGCAACUCGCUCUCGAGCGACUUCACGAAUUUGUAGAGGCUAUCGAGAGAGUGUAUGAGCCCGGUGCCAAGAUGUGGAUUAUCAGCGACGGUCACGUCUUUAGCGAUUGCAUCGGAGUUGACGAUGAAGAUGUCGAUGUGUACGGCGAGCAGUUGAAGGAGAUGAACCGCGCAGUCGGCGUCAGCAGAGGCAACACUGACAGAAUUGGUUUCAAGUCGCUCGUCGACCUGUUUGAACUCAACGAGUCAAAGUCUCAGCAUAAGCUCUCGUCGCUAUCAAAGGAUCUCAACAUCCCAGACAUUGAGCACCACGUCGAGACGAAGCUGACGUUGGAGGCUGAGCUCUGCAGACGGAUCCUCAUGGCGGGCUGCCAGCCCCAGGAGUCUGCGGUGCGGGCCAAGAUCAAGUCCCAGAAUCCAGCCAUUCUGGCUUUGUAUCGCGGGUUCUCGAGGUUCAUGCUGGAGGACCUCGAGCUUCACCCUUUUACUCUGGGCAUGACACGAAGUCAGAGGAAGAAGUUGUCGCCUAAGGUGGCGUUUGAGAUGAUCAUGAGGAACCAAGCAUACUCUAAUCUAGUCGAGCUGCUUCUUCCUAACCAUGUCCGUCUCUCAAUUCACGCCCACAACAACGCCGGUCCCAAAUUCGGGAUUCAACUCUUCGACCCCGCCGUCGUCCGCGCCGUCGAGGGCCUCUCGCCGGAUGGUACGCCAAUGACCUCCCGUGACCUGCUUCACAUUCCCACGCCAUGGCAUAACUGCGUCGUCGAGGUGGAGGGCAGCCCGUACCUUCUCGUUACCAAGGCCAGUGUCCCUCGCCAGGCGGUGAGCCUGGGCGCUGUGACCGGUGAGAUCUCCACCAGGAAUGCGCCCUGCUUCGUCCUACGACCAAAGAAAAGCAACCCUUCUGCUGCUUCCAAGAGAAGUAGCGAGGAGAAGAAGGAGGAGGAUGAACAGGAGGUCGCCGUGGCGCCCGUUGCCCAAAGACCUAUCGUAGCCCCUGCACCAAUCCCAACUCAGAGGCCUAGGGCUGCUGCGAAGGGCAAGGGACGAUUUGACUGGGUUCGGAGGCUGGCUGCAUUCCAAGUUAUUGGCUGGCUUGGGAUGACUUUCUAUCACCGCUUUGUGGAGAUGUUUGUUUGA